ACCCUCUUCUCCGCACUUCGCUCGUUAUACAUCCACAUAUCCGACAAUCCUGUCGACAAGGGCACCGUUGCACCUCGCGCAUUUAUAGACAAGUUGAAGGAACUCAACGAGCUCUUUAGAAGUACCAUGCAUCAGGAUGCCCAUGAAUUCUCAAAUUAUCUUCUAAAUAGAAUCGUAGAGGAAAUGGAGGAUGAAAGAAAACACUACCAAACUGCAGUUCCCUCUGGCGCCACUUUCAUUCACAAAAUAUUCGAAGGAAUUCUUACCAGUGAAACUCGAUGUCUAACGUGUGAAAAUGUAUCUGCACGUGACGAAUCAUUCCUCGACUUGUCCAUUGAUAUCGAACAGAACUCAAGUGUGACCGCCUGCCUUAGACAGUUCAGUGCGAGUGAAAUGCUUUGUCAGAAGAACAAGUUUUUUUGUGACUCUUGUUGUGACCUACAGGAGGCGGAAAAGAGGAUGAAAAUUAAGCGUCUGCCUAAUGUUCUGGCUCUCCACCUGAAGCGAUUCAAAUAUCAAGAAGAUGUACAAAAGUAUAUCAAGCUUGCUUAUCGUGUCGCAUUCCCUUUCGAGCUGCGUUUGUUCAACACUGUAGACGACGCUCAGAAUCCUGAUAGGUUAUAUGAACUCUUUGCCAUCGUGGUUCAUAUAGGAACUGGGCCCCACCACGGACAUUACGUUAGUAUCAUCCGGACGAUGGGAUUCUGGCUGAUAUUCGACGACGAUACUGUGGAUACCAUCAAGGAGAGCGAUAUUCCAAAGUACUUUGGCGACUCAAAUUCGGGUUCUGCAUAUGUCCUGUACUAUCAGGCUGUC